UUGGCUGACUCGGCCGACUUUGUCAUAAGUGCUACAGCCAACAUGGCCCACGGCAAGCUUCCCUCCUACAUCUACAGGUACCCCACCUUUUGGGUGCCUAACCACCAAAAACUCCCACCCGUUUGACUAGCUAUCAGACAAAACGACUACGAUUUUUUCAUUUACGGUCCCAUCUGGGGACCCUGGAGAGAUGGAAACAUCUGCAAACCCUCCAGAUAACCAGAACAGAACGAAACCCGUCGCCCCCGGACCAGCGACAGCCUUCCAACCACCGAAGGAGGUGACCCCCUCAGGCCCAAAAACGGGAGAGGUUACGGUCCUCCCCUUCACCCCCAAGAAGAAAAGACGCUUCGGAGAAGCCCUCGGCGCGGACAAAAUGCCCUCGCCCAGUUUCAACAGAGCAAGACCGAGCGCAGCGGCGACGGCGACCGCGGCGCAGACAGCCUCGAGAGGCCUCAUCGCCUCCAUCUUCAACGGUGCAAAGGAAGCCACCGACCUAAACAAAGAGGGGAAAUCCCUCACCAGGAACAAAAUCAUGAACCAAAUCAACGAAAUCAACGCACAACAGCGGGCCAGACAAGACGUGGUAUUGAACAUAGCUAUGGCUAUCGACUCCUGCCUGGCGCAAUACACCUCCCAGCUCUCCUCAGCGGUGGCAGAACAAGUCCGCUUAUGCCUGAACACCGCUCUUGAAAACUUCGUCGCCUCCCACAUCAACCCUAAGGGGAGGCCCAAAGACCCUGAGAAAUUAGGCAGCAAAGAAAGAGCUGCCCAACCAACUAAGACAACGUCAGCCAACACAUCUCACAACAAGAAGGACAAAUCAGACGCCGCCAGGACCCCUACUACAGCGGGAGCUCCCGCGUCCACUGGAAAAGCGGGCCAGAAGGACCCUAGGGUCACGUAGGCAUAGAUCGCGUCAUAAGAAAACACUCACAACAAAAACCCUCAGAAGGGAAUCGACAACCUAAAGCAUUCCUCCAUAGGCGGCAGAGGGCCGGCCCCCGCUACCAACGGAAAGAACACAGAUAAA